AUGUUAACUAAACUCUUCGUCGUGUUCUUUGCUGCUGUGGCGAUGGCUUCUGCUAUCGACAUGGAUGCCUUGAUCGCUCGCCAGGCUACGACUACGACUACGACCACCUCGACCUCGACUACUUCUACUUCUACGUCAACUACGUCGACCGCUACCACAACCACCAGUGGCUCCACUACGACCAGUAGCACUACAACCACUACUUCUUCCUCAGUUGCGCCGACCACUUCACUCCCACCAAACGAGGCCGGUGUUCAGAUCCACCCGAACUUCAGUAGCAACAAGUGUUUGGACGUGCGCGGAAACACACUCGCCAACGGUACUCCAGUGCAGAUUUAUGACUGCAACGGAACGGGCGCUCAGAAGUGGGCAAUCUCCAGAGGGCAAACGCACGUAAGGCUUGCGGGCACGAACUUCUGCCUAGAUGCUGGAAGCAGACCUGGAAACGGCGUUGGUAUGAAGAUAUGGACGUGCUUCGACAACCUCCCUGCUCAAGAGUGGUACUACACCGGCGAUAAUCGCAUUGCGCUCUUUAACAAAGGACUUUGCCUUGAUCUCACGGAUGGAAGCCUCACCAAUAGUAGGCAGACACAGACUUGGAAGUGCACCGACUUCAACACUAACCAAAUUUGGAACGUGUAA